UCAUUUAACCCGCCGCCCAGAAGUUCGAUCUAGUAUUGGCAGCGUUUCAGAAAUGGCGGCUGGUCUGAGUCGAUUUUGGGCUUGUACUCAAGUUGUUUCCCAAAUGGUUGGAAGGAGAGGAGUUGCAUCUCUUGCUGGAAGAGAUGGACAGAUACCAAGAUCUGUUAAAAUUGUUGAAGUUGGACCGCGGGAUGGGUUGCAGAAUGAAAAGGCAAUGGUUCCAACAGAAACAAAGAUCGAUUUGAUAAAUCGUCUGUCUGACACUGGUCUGAAGGUGAUUGAAGCUACCAGCUUUGUGUCACCGAAAUGGAUUCCCCAAAUGGGAGACCAUACAGAUGUUAUGAAUGGUAUCACCAGGAGGGGAGGGGUCAGCUAUCCCGUACUGACCCCUAACCUCCAGGGUUUCAAGUCGGCGCUCGAAGCCGGGGCAGAGGAGGUCGCCAUCUUUGGUGCUGCAUCAGAAACCUUUAGCAAGAAAAAUAUCAAUUGUUCUAUUGACGAGAGUGUGGAAAGAUUCUCCUCCGUGCUUGAGGCGGCCCGUGAAGCAAACGUCAAGGUCCGAGGAUACGUGUCAUGUGUACUAGGAUGCCCUUAUGAGGGCGCUGUUCAACCGGAAGCUGUGGCAAAGGUUGCCAAUAAGAUGUUCGACAUGGGGUGCUAUGAGAUCUCUCUGGGUGAUACGAUAGGGGUGGGCACCCCCGGUCAGAUGCAAGUGUUGUUAGAGACAGUACUAGAAACCAUUCCUGCCAAACAUAUAGCCGUCCACUGCCACGACACCUAUGGGCAAGCAUUAGCAAAUAUCCUGGCAGCAUUACAGAUGGGGGUAACAGUAGUGGACUCAUCUGUGGCUGGUCUAGGGGGUUGCCCCUACGCUAAGGGGGCAUCGGGCAACGUUGCAACUGAAGAUGUAGUUUACAUGCUCAAUGGACUUGGUAUAGAAACAGGUAUUGACCUGGAGAAGAUUGUUUCAGUUGGACAGUUCAUUUCCAGAGAGCUAGGGAGGCAGAACACUUCCAAAGUGGGAAAUGCAAUGAGCAAACUAUGAUGGAACCACCUAUCUCAGAAGAAAUAUGUUGUGCAAUCACCAAAGACUGUUAUGUAAACCCUCCAUUCAUAAACAAUGGUUUAGAAAUGACUCGGUGUACAUGUAUCAUUGUGGUUACUAUUAACCAGCACAAUCAGAAAUAUUUAUUAGUCCUAGAGUUUGGGGAUGAGUCUGAUCAAUAACAUGAGGGUAUUUGAUGUAUUCACACCACUGCAACACUUUUUGGUUGUAAUCAGGUUCAGCAUUUACCUUUGAGUUUGUAGUAUAAAGGACAAACUGUUUACAAGGCGUCCUAUGAAUCGGCCAUCAAUUGAUGAAGCUGCUUGGAAUUGUUGUCACCUCAAUCAAUCUGAUAUUGUCCUGUCUAGACAUUUUCUUUUCAAAGCUUCCCAGGAUUUUGCCUGAUUGCUCAUGUACAUUCAAACUACCAGUGUAUUAAAGUUCUACUAGGUGUGGCCAGCCAAAUUGUGAAGACGUCCCCCCCCCCCCCCCCCCUAGCCAUGCAGUUUGUUUGUAUUGCUCUGUCUUCACAGAUUUGAUACCAUUUAAAGCCUAUCUGCUCUAGUUUGGCCAGGGGGAUUAGACCUCCCUACAGGGUUACUGACAGGUGGUUAUCUCACCAAAUCAGCUCUCAAUUAAGAUAAGAAAAAGGGGACCAUGGGGGACCAACUGGUAUUGAUUAGACAUUGCUUGCUAUAUAGAGGGCGCGAGUAGCUACAAGAAGUGCAGUCCCGUUUUCAACUUUUUAAAAUUAUUUUUUUCAAUGUGCUGUAGCAGAUAAAUGUAGAAUGUAACAGAAUGUAGUGAAUGACUAAACUGUCUACUAACUCAUCCACCCCUGGAGAGAGUAUCAACUCUGGAAUAGUUAUGUAUUCCAUUGCAAAGCCAAGUACUAAAUACUCCCUGUUCCAUGGUGUACACUUUGAACCUCAUAUCCCACCGCUGCCACCAUGUUUAAAUAUCGUUUUAGUGGUAUUUAAAGGCCGUCUGUACUCAUUUGGCCAGACGGGAUUAGACCACCCAGCGAGGUCACUGACAGAUGGCUAUCUCAUCAACUCAGCUCUCAAUUAACAUAAG